AUGUGGGAUUGGCAAAGUUUCUUCGUGAAAAUCGGUAUCCCGACCAGUAUUGCAUCUCGUUAUGCAGAAAUCUUCAGACAAAACAGAGUGUCAAAGGAUAUGCUUCCCGACCUUGACAAGGCUACGUUAGCUGAUCUGGGUGUGACAGCAGUUGGAGACCAAUUGGCGAUUUUGAAGCAUGCAAAGGAUCAUGCCUACGAGCUGGAACCUGAUUCGCCGGAAAAACUUCGUGUUCAUAUCCCUGGGCCUAAAGCAGAAAAAUCGCUGAAUGGAUCUACAUCUACCGACCAGCGCAAAGGGAGACCGCCUCCGGAUCGCCACGAGAUUUAUCACGUCAAAAUGCCUGAGGGUAGUACUGCUCGAUUGGUCGUUCGUGGCACAACCGGCGUAAGGCAAGGCGGUCGAUCCGUGAGCCCAGUUGAUAAAAGAAGCGCGGCUGUGAUCCGAAUGCGUCAAGAACGUGAGUCAUUUAAAGUAAUUUGA